AUGGCCAUGGCUGCUCUUCCUGAGAUUAAGGCAGAGCUUUCUGGAAUCAUAAAGGCAUUUCUUUUGGACAUUGGUUACGAGUUUCCUCUUCUGAAACCGUAUCCUGCAGUCGGAGGCGAAGUGAAGCGGCAUUUCAAGAAUAAUGGGUUCUCAGAUGAAUUUGUUUCGAAGAUCAAGCCACAGAUUAAGACCGGUAUCGGAAUUGCAACCACGACUUUCCAAACAACCCCCUUCAACAUACAAUGUACAGUGGCAAUAUUCACUACUUAUUGUCUGAUUAUUGAUGAUUUUGCCCAUGAACUCGAAUUCAAGCAUCACCUAAAACGAUUCAAUACCUGCCUUUUGACUCGGCAACCUCAAGGAAGCCCGAUCCUUGAGAGCAUGGGAGAGUUCCUGAGCUCUUUUCAUUCUCUCUUCGGUCGAUUUGCCGGUGACAUGAUUAUCAAGGACUCACUGCAAUUCAUCAGUGCAUGUUACGUCGAAGCGGAGAGCGAGAAUAUUAAAUUCCCAAUAGAAGCGCAUCUGUUCCCCAGCUACUUUCGUCUGAAAGUUGGCGUGGCCGAAGCCUACUCCUUUAUGCUAUUCCCAACCGCCCAAUUCUCCGAAGUCGAACGUCUCCGGUACUGCCUACCGCUGAUACCGUAUUUGACAUCGGCUUUCAACUGGAUAAAUGACAUCAUGUCAUUUUACAAAGAAAUAGCUCAGAUGGACAACUGUAAUUUCGUCACGAACUCGGCCAGGUGUAAAGGGCUGACUGAGAUAGAGUUUCUGAGAAAGCUCUGUGAUGAUACAAGCGACAUGAUUCGGACUUUGCGUACGCUUGGCAAGGCUCACCCUGGGUUAUCGAAAGUGGUUGAGGCUUUUGUUUUUGGUUAUGUGGUGUAUCAUCUGACGCAGACGCGGUAUCGAAUGGAGGAUUUAGAUCUGACAUUCGUUUCUGAUGCUAGAGAACGACUCAAAGCUUCGAUUGAGAGCGGAGAAUAA